GAAAAUUUCACCAAUCACCAUCUCAGUUAUGGAGGGCUCACGCGAACCCAACACCUCUAAACUUUCCUCCGACGGCCCCCCCGACCACGAUCUCUACACCAUCCCCAGUUACACCAGUUGGUUUUCGUGGAAUAACAUCCACGAAGUAGAGAGGCUGUCACUGGGAGAGUUCUUCGAUGGGAGCUCAAUCACCAGGACGCCCCGGAUAUACAAGGAGUACAGGGACUUUAUGAUCUCCAAGUACCGGGAGGAUACGACCCGGAAGCUCACAUUCACGGAGGUGCGGAAGUCUCUGGUGGGCGACAUCUGCGUGCUCCAGAAGGUCUUCACCUUCCUCGAGAAGUGGGGGCUCGUCAAUUUCGAUCCUAGUAAGCCGGAGCCUGUUCAGGCCGGGGCGGAAGCGGAGGAGGAAGAGGAUGGGAAGUGGAGGGUUAGGGUUGAGGAAGGGGCUCCUCAUGGGGUGAGGGUCAUUGCCGCGCCUAAUUCGCUCAAGCCCCUUGCUCCGCUCCCGCCGCCGCCUUCGUUGGGCGUUGCCGGUGAGGCGGCGGAGAGUGGGCUCAAGAUGCCGCCGCUGUCGUCGUACUCCGAUGUUUAUGCGGAGUUAUUGGAGCAGCAGAAGAGGGAGAUUUUGGUGUGUGGCAACUGCAAAGAGUCGUGUACCUCUGGGCACUACGAAUAUAGCAAGGAAGGGAGCUUUAUCUUAUGUGAAAAGUGCUUCAAAGAUGGUAAUUUCGAUAAGGAGAAGUCUGCAGAUGACUUUAAGUUCAUUGAAAGUGGCAACCACCAGGUUGUAUGGACCGAAGCGGAAACUUUACUCCUAUUUGAGUCUGUACUGAAGCAUGGAGAUGACUGGGAUCUCGUUGCCCAAAAUGUGAAAACAAAGAACAAACUUGAAUGUAUCUCAAAGCUUAUACAGCUUCCGUUUGGUGAUCUUAUGCUGGGAUCUGCCCAUAGAAAGAAUAGAUUUUGUGAUACAAAUGGUGAUGUAAAUGGUUUGAAACAAGCACAGCCUGCUUCAAGUGAGCCCCAAGCAACUAUGACAACAGAGCAUCAAUCCAAUGACUGUAAGAAUGAGCAACAGAAUGGAGAUAAUGAAAACCAAGAACCACCUACAAAGAGAAGAUGCAGUGUGCCAAUUUCAGGACCUAGCAGUUCUUUAAUGAAACAGGUAGCACACAUCUCUACUGUUGUUGGUCCAUGGGUUACUUCUUCUGCAACUGAGGCAGCUGUUACAGCACUUUGCUAUGAAAACCAGUGUUCUAGGGAGAUUUUUGAUGACAGUGAUAGUUUUGGGGAUGAGUUGGAAUCUUCCCUUGAAAAUAAUGAGCAAGAAAGAGAUCCUCUAGCAGAAGGUGGUCAGAUAGACAAAAUGAGUUCAGACACACAGGAUAAAAGCUCCCAGAAGAGUAGCAUACCUCUGGCGUUGCAAAUGAGGGCUGCCACUGCAGCUGCUCUUGGUGGCGCAGCAGCUCAUGCCAAAUUAUUGGCUGAUCAGGAACACAGAGAGAUGGAAUAUUUGGUUUCAACUUUAGUCGAUACCCAGCUUAAGAAGUUGCAGCGAAAAGUGAAACACAUGGAAGAACUGGAGCGGAUAAUGGAAAAUCAGCAAAGGCAGAUGAAGGAACUAGAGGCCACUAUACUGGAUGAACGUUUAAACGCGUUGCAAGGAAUAUUUAGUAGCGGGAGUGCGAAAUCUAAGGGCGAUGCUUCUACGAUUAUCAAGUCUCAGAAUAUUGAUGCUGCUGUUUGAUACCUUUGUAUGUGUUUAGUGUGUGAAUGAGAAACAAAUGUAAAAUUAAGUUGAAAGACAGACACCA